GCCCCUACCCGUAGGGAGCAGACUCUGCCCUCCCAGUGCCAGCUCCGCGUCCUUCGCCCCCCGCCCCUCCUGGCGCGGUCUCCAGCCGCCUCCAGUCUCCCAGAGCUCCUUUCCACAGUGCCCUCCAUCCCUCCGCUGUCCUGACUCCAUCCUACCCUCUUGGUGCAGCAGUCAACGUCUCCGCGCCUGCCACCAUCCCGCCUUUAGCUCAUCCUGCAGCUUCGGGCAUCCUCCUGCCUCAGGUCCCCUUUCCGCUCUGGGUGCUCCCUCCAAAUCCCUUGGCCGAUCGUUUCCUUAUUUUUCCCGGUUCGCACCGCUUUCCAACCCUAUCCAGGGAGCGCAGGCCUGUGGGAUUGGCGGGAUUGGGGGGCUCUGCUAGAGAUGGGGCCCGGUUCCCCCACCCCACCCCCAGUUCGUCUUCUGCGCACAACAGUAAAGGCCAAAAAUCUGGGUCACAGCUGAGGAAGAUCUCAGAUCCAGAGUGCAGAAUGUGGUCUGCUCAACUGCUGUCCCAACUCCUCCCUCUCUGGCCACUGCUGUUGCUGUCCGUAUUACCACCUGCUCAGGGCUCCUCCCAUCGAUCCCCACCAGCCCCAGCCCGCCCCCCCUGCGUCCGGGGUGGGCCCUCAGCCCCUCGCCAUGUGUGUGUUUGGGAGCGGGCGCCUCCGCCAAGCCGAUCCCCACGGGUCCCAAGAUCACGUCGGCAGGUUGUGCCAGGCACUGCCCCUCCUGCUACCCCAUCAGGCUUUGAAGAGGGGCCUCCCUCAUCUCAGUACCCUUGGGCUAUAGUGUGGGGUCCCACAGUAUCUCGGGAGGAUGGAGGGGACCCCAACUCGGUCAAUCCUGGAUUUCUGCCUCUGGACUAUGGUUUUGCAGCCCCACAUGGGCUGGCUACUCCGCACCCUAACUCAGACUCCAUGCGGGAUGACGGAGACGGGCUCAUCCUUGGGGAAACACCUGCUACCUUGAGGCCCUUCCUGUUUGGAGGGCGUGGAGAAGGUGUGGACCCUCAGCUUUAUGUCACGAUCACCAUAUCCAUCAUCAUCGUUCUUGUGGCUACCGGCAUCAUCUUCAAGUUCUGCUGGGACCGUAGCCAGAAGCGGCGCAGGCCCUCAGGGCAGCAAGGUGCCCUGAGGCAGGAGGAGAGUCAGCAACCACUGACAGACCUGUCUCCUGCUGGAGUCACUGUGCUGGGGGCUUUUGGGGACUCGCCUACCCCCACCCCUGACCAUGAGGAACCCCGAGGGGGACCCCGGCCUGGGAUGCCCCAGCCUAAGGGGGCUCCAGCCUUCCAGUUGAACCGGAUUCCCCUGGUGAAUCUGUGAUGCCCCCCCAUGUUGGGGUGCUGCCAAGCAGGAGGCCAAGUGGCCAGCAUAGCCACCAUCCACUGAGGGUGGGGCAACCCUGGGGAAUUGGGGCCAUGGUGGGGGGCUCCUAGCUCCUGUCCUUGCACACAACCUGGGACACUCACUAAUCCCAUGGGCAAGCCCAAGCGUUUGUCCUCCAGUGACUGGGGUCUCCCAUUCCCACCCUUGCACAUUCACAUGAAAGCCUUGCACACUCACCCACACCCUCACAGGCCAUAGCACAGUCACGCUCUCCACGCUGCUCCUCUGCCGUGUCCCCAUUCACGUCUGCUCAGCCGGCUCCUAGCUCUCUCCCUCGUGUUGCCUAUGUCCUGCCCCCUUUACAUUCUCUGUGCCCAUCUCAGACUGGGCACGAGCAUUUCUGGCUCCAAUAUAUGGCAUAGUGUGCCCACUCUGCCUCAUCAGCACCCACUGGUCUAGCUUCUGUGGCCCUUGCAUGCUGCCCUAGAGGUGGGUGGGAGGUGAGCUAGGGGCUCCUUGUACCAUUUGUCAUGGCCCCAUUCACAUCUGUGUCUUUCCAUUCCAUUCCAAGGAUGCUGGUAUUACUGAGGGCUCCCCCACAGGAACGGGGGUAGUGAGGCCCAGUUGUUAAACUCUGUCAUCAGAAGUCUGGGUUUGGGGGAGUCUCCUGCUGCACUACAUGAGAAGGGACUCCCAUGUCCUCCCUUCCCUCCCAAGUCCCUUGUUUUGUCGGUCCUGGCUGUCUGUGUGUAUGUGUCUGUAUGGAAUUCGGAGCCCCCUCAACAGGUCCUCCAUCUCCCACCCUCCCCUAAGGCCUCCCUUAAUGUACCUAGGCUGCCAGGAACUGAAGCCAGCUGGUUCAAGGCCAUUGGGAGCUCUGCCUCCAUAUCCACCCUUCUCUCCCUGAGCCCCUCACGUUCCCUCCUCCCCUCUCCCUUUUCCGUUUUUUCAGAUUCUUCCAGUUUCUCGCUCACCUCUCCAGCUCCCUUCUCCCUCUUACCUGGCUCCUAUGCUGUGAUAUAUAUUUUUGUAUUAUCUCUUUCUUCUUGUGGUGAUAAUCUUGUGGGAUGUAAGUUUCAAAAUUUUCAAAUAAAGCCUUUGCAAGAUAA